ACAGUAUCCUAUCUUUAGAAAAACUUGGCACAUACACAUCCAUGUCUCAGGGCUCCCAUCCACUCCAACGCCCUCAGAUGACUCUGGACAACAGCAUAUUUUGUACGGGAUGUGCCUCCAUACAGCAUAGUGGUCCCAACAUUGCAGUGUGAGAGAACUUGAUCAACAAGCUUUGUGGCGCAUUUCCGAACCAGAAAACCAUUACAGUCGCCAAAGUACAAUGGAGGGGGAGGAUUCAUGGCAAUGAGUGAUUGUAAGAGUGAAGCUCCACCACCUUUUGAUAUUCAAGGGCUCUCCGACGCUCCCCGAUUCACCACAUAUAUUUGAAAUUGGCUCUCCCUCCAUUUUUUGCCACAGUCAAUGUUUGUCGCCACACUCAACAUUUUCCGCCGUUUUUCCACACCAUGUCUUUCAUCCAAGACGGCGGUAACAAUGUACUUGUUUUACAUUGGCCUCACCGACUGACCACCGGCCUCCUCAAAUCACUCUAAAUUGAUUUCACAGACAACAAUGUGGUACCAACAACCUACCACAAACUCUGUGAAUGGGCUUAUGUUGCCGAUGACCCCACAUCAACUGACUAUACUCACCAUCACCUUCUCUUAUACAAAGAGCCGCCGGUUCCUGUGGUUGACAAUACCUUGUACCCUGUCACAAUCCGUGUUCAAGGGAUUAUCAAAAAAUGCCAGCUCGGACCACUUGCCACGUGGAACGGGUAUGUUCUGCACCGUCAGCUGCACAAACUCUCACUCUGUCGCCUGGGCUAUUCAAAAAACAGUGGCGAUCAACAUUGAAUACCAUACGCAAUGUUUGUCAACUGGUACAUAUCAG